GAGCCUAUGAGAUGAACUGAUUGGCGUUCUUCUCUUCUAUUUGUCAUCAUGUGCAGCCUUCUAGUGUUUGAGUCGAUCCCCAACACGAGGAGCGGGCAGAGAGAGAGAGAGAGAGAGAGCAGGAGGGAAGGAAAGAGCGGGGAAUCUAGGAUGGAGAAUACGGCGGAGGAGGAGGUGGCGGUGAUGAGUGGUGGCGCCAUUGGAGGAGGAGAGACGGUGGUGUGUGUGACGGGUGCUGGUGGGUACAUAGCGUCUUGGCUUGUCAAGAUCCUCCUCUCCAAAGGAUACACUGUCCAUGGUACCGUCAGGGAACCCAGUGACAAGAAAAAUGAGCAUUUGAAGAACUUGGAGAACUCUGAGAAAUUGGUGCUUUUCAAAGCAGACCUACUAAAUUAUGGCGAAUUGUACUCUGCAAUCGUUGGAUGUAGUGGAGUAUUCCAUGUCGCUAGUCCUGUUCCACCUGGCUCUGUUCCUAACCCCGAGAAAGAGUUGGUUGAACCUGCUGUGGAUGGUACCCUGAAUGUCCUCAAGGCAUCAGAAGCUGCAGAGGUGAAAAAAAUUGUCUUUGUGUCAUCAGCUGCUGCUAUUUGUAUGACUCCAAAUCCACCAGAGAAUAAUUUCUACGAUGAGGAAUGUUGGUCCGACACUGAAUACUGCAGGGUAACAGAGAACUGGUAUUGCCUUUCAAAAACAUUGGCUGAAAAGCGUGCCUUGGAAUGUGCAAAAGAGAGGGGCUUAGAACUUGUAACUGUUUGCCCAACCUUUAAUCUGGGACCAAUGCUGCAGAAUUCUGUGAACGCCAGCAGCUUGUUUUUGGUCAAGCUUUUAAGAGGAGAGAAGGAUACAGUAGCAAAUGCUGUUCAUGGUAUAGUUGAUGUCCGAGAUGUGGCGGAGGCUUUGGUGCUGGUUUAUGAAAAGCAAGAGGCUUCCGGGCGCUACUUGUGCAAUGCACAUUGUGUUAGAACAUGCGAGUUGGUGGACAUUUUGAAGCGCAUGUAUCCUAAUUACAAAUACCCUAAGGAGUACACUGCCAGUUCUCACGAACGUUAUCUCUCUUCAAAGAAGUUGCAGAAUCUGGGUUGGCAUUUCAGGCCUUUGGAAGAAACCCUUGCCGAUUCUGUUGAAUCUUUUCGUGGGCAUGGCCUUCUUGAAUGACUGUGUGUGUGUGUGUGUGUGUGUGUGUGUGUGUGUGUGUGUGUGUGUGUGUGUGUGAAGAAGAUCCUUCUUAUGGGGUUGACUAGUGUGAGCGUUCUGUGGUUAUCAUGCAAUUAUCUAUGUGAAAGUUAUAUCAUUUUGGUCA